GCUUUGCACCUUCCAGCACUGUUUGAAAGUGGACACUAGUGUCCUCUUUUUUUUGUAAUCGGCGUACACCGAAGUUUACACAGUGAGACGGAUACAGCGACUGAUAAUGACUCAAACCAUGUUAAUAUCAAUUCCUGCGUCAUUUCAGUUUUAUUACAAAGUGUAGUAAAUAUUUAAAUGCCACUGGUACAAUACGCAGAGCGACAGUGCCCGUCCCGUACUUUAUACUAGUUACUCUACAGCAACAUCCAACCCGGACAACCCGGUGUGAAGUAACGAGUGUACCUAAUGUGAUCAUUGAUUUUAGCAUCAAUACAGUUGAAUUUAUCCUGGGAAUAUUUCGUUAUUUUGCCGUCGUGUUUUUUGUUAUAUCUUAUUUAUCUGGAGAUACUUCGUCGUAUGUUUGCAUUCACAUUAUCCCUUCAAAGAAAGCACCACUUUCUGUCUUUAUAUGCGACUGACCUUGCCUGUUUACAGCAUAGCCAAAACUAGCUCAAUGCUAACCUGUCGUCAGUGUUAGCUGGCUAGCUCCCUGUUUCAGAGAGUUCGCUUUUUCUUAAUCUCCCUGUUUUUGUUGCGUUCAUGAUGGAAGAUGAAGCCUUCACUGACAUUAGUGGCAAAGCCAUAUCUCUGGACUGUCAGAAUCACUCCAGCCUUUGCAAGGAGUUCAUUGUCAGCGUCCCCAAAGUGUCCAUCGGGAAGGUGAUGGUGUACACCUGCUGUGUUUGGCUUUUGGCAUAUGCUGUGUUCGUCUUCACAGAGAACACAGCUGUUCUGUCCAGUGCUAUAUUCGUCACCCUGGUUGGCAUGAUGCUUCACAUCCACUUUGUGAAGGUAGACCACGAGACCCUGCUUGUCAUCGGCUCCUUAGGCAUACAGCUGUCCUCCAGCUACGCCUCGGGCCGCGAGACCACCACAUUCAUUGAGAUGAGCAAGAUCAAGGAUAUUGUCAUCAAUGAAGCUAUUUACAUGCACCAAAUCAUCUACUACCUUUGUGUGCUGUUGAAGGACCCUUCAGAACCUAAUGCAGUGUCAAGUGUUGUGCCAUUGUUUCAGAGUUCAAAGCCAAGGCUGAACUGCUUGGUGAAAGUGUAUAAAAGCUGUCAGGAGAUUCUUUCAAAGUGCUGAUGCCACAAAGGACAAACAUUAGCAAUGUUUCUGGUCAUGCUGUACGUUUUUAAUAUUGCUUUGCUCAAGUAAUAUUCUUUCCGAUGGAUGAAAGCAAAAAGCAGCCAGUGUUUCCUUUACUUACCUGUAUGAAUGUGACUGUAAUCUGUUGAAUACAAAAACAAGUGCUGCCAUGUUUUAAACACCAAUAUUAGUUAAUAGUGACUUUAUGUUGUACUCUGUUGUGUAGUUACUUGAAUAAUCUGUGAAAAAUGGCAUUAGACUACUUGUAUAAGUAUAAAGAGCCAAACCUUUUUAACUGACGUAUUAAAAGAUAGAAAUGACCUUUAACAAUUUAGCAUUUUUACUUAUUAUACAUUUACAUUGUAAUUGAUUAAUUAUGCCAAUGUCUGUGUUUUACAAGCAUUCUUACUGUAUUUUUGAUAAAAAAUAAAAUUGCUAAAAUAUAACAAAUAAAUAUUGUAUAAUGA